UUAGCCAGCCAGCCAUGCGCGGCCUCCUGCUCCUCCUCGCCGUCCUGCUCGCCGGGUCGGCGGCGGCGGCGUUGGCGCGCCUGCCGUUCGCGUGCGGGCCGGGCGGGCCGGCGACGUCGCUCCCGUUCUGCCGGCAGACGCUGCCGCUGCAGGCACGGGCGCGGGACUUCGUGUCCCGGCUGACCCGCGCCGAGAAGGUGCGGCUGCUGGUGAACAACGCGGCGGGGGUGCCCCGGCUCGGCGUGGCGGGUUACGAGUGGUGGUCCGAGGCGCUGCACGGCGUGUCGGACACCGGCCCGGGGGUGCGGUUCGGCGGCGCGUUCCCGGGCGCCACCGCGUUCCCGCAGGUCAUCGGCACCGCGGCUUCGUUCAACGCCACGCUCUGGGAGCUCAUCGGACGGGCGGUGUCGGACGAGGCCCGCGCGAUGUACAACGGCGGCCAGGCGGGGCUCACGUUCUGGAGCCCCAACGUGAACAUCUUCCGGGACCCGCGGUGGGGCCGGGGCCAGGAGACCCCCGGCGAGGACCCCGCCGUGGCCGCGCGCUACGCCGCGGCCUACGUGCGCGGCCUGCAGCAGCCCUACGGCGGCCGCGGCCGCGCCCGGCUCAAGCUCGCCGCCUGCUGCAAGCACUUCACGGCGUACGACCUCGACAGCUGGGGCGGGACCGACCGGUUCCACUUCAACGCCGUCGUGUCGCCGCAGGACCUCAAGGACACCUUCAACGUGCCGUUCCGGGCCUGCGUCGCCGAGGGGCGCGCCGCCAGCGUCAUGUGCUCGUACAAUCAGGUCAACGGCGUGCCGACGUGCGCCGACGAGGGGUUCCUGAAGGGGACGAUCAGGGGGAGCUGGGGGCUCGAGGGCUACAUCGUCUCCGACUGCGACUCCGUCGACGUGUUCUACCGGGACCAGCACUACACGCGCACGACGGAGGACGCCGUUGCCGCCACGCUCCGGGCGGGGCUCGACCUCGACUGCGGGCCGUUCCUGGCGCAGUACACGGAGGCCGCGGUGGCGCAGGGGAAGGUCUCCGACGCCAACAUCGACGCGGCCUUAACCAACACGGUCACCGUGCAGAUGAGGCUCGGGAUGUUCGACGGCGACCCGGCGGCGCAGCCGUUCGGGCACCUCGGUCCGCGCGACGUGUGCACGCCGGCGCACCAGGACCUGGCGCUCGAGGCGGCGCGCCAGACCGUCGUGCUCCUCAAGAACUACAGGGGCAAGCAUAAGGCAAUCCUGCCGCUGUCUCCGGCGGCGCACCGCACCGUCGCCGUCGUCGGCCCGCACGCUGAGGCCACCGUCGCCAUGAUCGGGAACUACGCGGGUAAGGCGUGCAGGUACACCACGCCGCUGCAGGGCAUCGGCAGGUACGUGCAGACCGUGCACCAGGCGGGCUGCACGGACAUGGCGUGCCAGGGAAACCAGCCGAUAGCCGCCGCCGUCGACGCGGCCAGCCGUGCGGACGCCACCAUUGUCGUCGCCGGCCUCGAUCAGAAGGUCGAGGCCGAGGGCCUGGAUCGAACGAGCCUUCUGCUUCCAGGCCGGCAAGCGGAGCUCAUCUCCGCUGUGGCCAAGGCAUCCAAGGGGCUGGUGAUCCUGGUGCUCAUGUCCGGCGGGCCGAUCGACAUUGCAUUCGCGCAAAAUGACCAGCGGAUCGCUGGAAUCCUGUGGGCUGGGUACCCGGGCCAGGCCGGCGGGCAGGCCAUCGCAGACGUGAUCUUCGGCCAGCAUAACCCAGGUGGGAAGCUACCGGUGACAUGGUACCCUCAAGAUUAUCUGCAGAAGGUGCCCAUGACGAACAUGGCGAUGCGCGCCAAUCCGGCGCGGGGGUACCCCGGCCGGACGUACAGGUUCUACACCGGCCCGACGAUCCACCCGUUCGGGCACGGCCUGAGCUACACACAGUUCACCCACACGCUCGCGCACGCACCGGCGCAGCUAACCUUGCAGCUGUCCGGUGGCCACCACGCCGCCGCUUCCUCCGGCGCCGCCUCCCUCCUCAACGCGACGCACCCUGGCCGCGCCGUGCGCGUGUCGCACGCGCGUUGCGACGGGCUCACCAUCCCCGUCCACGUCGACGUGAAGAACGUCGGCGACCGCGACGGCGCGCACACCGUUCUCGUGUACCACGCGGCCCCACAAGCCGGCGGAGCCACCGGCGCGCCCGUGCGGCAGCUGGUGGCGUUCGAGAAGGUGCACGUGCCAGCCGGCGGCGUGGCCCGCGUCGAGAUGGGCAUCGACGUCUGCGACGGGCUCAGCGUGGCCGACCGUAACGGCGUCCGGAGGAUCCCCGUCGGCGAGCACAGCCUGAUGAUCGGCGAGCUGACCCACUCGGUCACGCUCGGCGUCGAGCAGCUCGGGGUAUAGAAGCAGUGAAGCGUAGGAUGCAAAGGCAUUUCUCAAAUAAUUGUGUCAUUUGGGGGUAUUGAUUCACGAUUGCCACCGUGCUUCUGUCCCUGCGAAGGUAGAGAUGGAAAUCUAUCAAAUUAGAAAGGCACCAGAUUACUGAAAUGGCUGAAGUACAUGACAACGAUUAAACUGGAAGAAAUACAAAAAUAAUGGUUGUUUCUUCCUCA